AUGGAUGAAAGGUCAAGAAACGAGGUAUCUCCUCAGCUGUUAGAUUUGAUCCCAAACGAGAGAGAGUGGCAGAUGAACAGAAACGAAGGAAAGUCCUCGGAGGAGAGAAAGCUUGAACUGAGGCUAGGUCCGCCUGGUGAGGAGUGGUCUCUCGGUGGUAAAAUGAAGAACACCAACACAGAAAGAGAAGAAUCUCUUCUCUCUCUUGGGUGCUUCCCUUCUUCGAACAUGUCUCAUGCAAUACUCAGCCCCAACAAUGGGUUCCAAAGCAAGGCCUCUCCGUGGCCCAACUACCACCACCAGGGUAACAACAAAGCUUCUUCACCGUUUCUUCAGUUAACAUCAACCCCACCUGUGAUGGGAAAAGAGGCUUCACAAAACUGUUGCCCUAAGGUGGUAGAGUUGCAGAAUGGUGGUGGUGGUGGUGAUAGCAAAGUGUUCUCUCCCUCUUCUGCAAAUACAGCUGUGUCCCAGCCCAACACAUCUCAGAAAAGAACUGCUCCUGCUCCAGUGGUGGGGUGGCCCCCAAUUCGUUCGUUCAGGAAGAACCUUGCAAGCAGCAGCGCCUCUAAGGCACCUCCUGAGUCACAGCCUGAGCAGCAUAACAAGGUUGCUGGUAAAAAACCUGUUGAUACCUAUGGUAAUAAAGGUUUGUUUGUUAAGAUCAACAUGGAUGGAGUUCCAAUAGGGAGAAAAGUGGACCUCAACGCUUACGACAGCUAUGAAAGUCUCUCUUCUGCAGUGGACGAGCUUUUCAGAGGUCUUCUUGCUGCUCAAAGAGAUUCCUCUGCUGGUGGAGUUCACAGCAAGCAGGAGGAAGAGAAAGCAAUCACGGGCUUAUUGGAUGGAAGUGGAGAGUAUACUCUUGUUUAUGAGGAUAAUGAAGGAGACAGGAUGCUUGUUGGGGAUGUGCCAUGGCACAUGUUUGUAUCAACAGUGAAGAGGCUACGAGUGUUGAAGAGUUCUGAGCUUUCUACUUUUACCCUUGGCGGUAAGCAAGAGAAGAUAUCACUUGACUCAGCAAUGAAAUGA